AUGGCCUCCCUCACCGUCUCGCAGACGACACCGGCGGCCGGCAACGCCAACAAGCAGCGCGAGGGCGCGGAGAUCAUCACCGGCGCUGAGGCGUGCUACGAGCACUCCAAGGAGCUCCUCAAGGGGCUGGGGUUCCCGGGCGGGGUGAUGCCGCUGCGCGGGCUGGAAGAGUGCGGGCUGGUGCGGGAGACCGGGUACGUGUGGAUGCGGCAGGGAAAGCCCUACGAGCACCACUUCCGCGCCACGGGCACCCGGGUGCGCUACGACGCCGAGGUGACGGCGUACGUGGAGGAAGGGCGGAUGAAGCGGAUGACCGGGGUCCGGAGCAAGCAGAUGAUGCUCUGGGUGCCCAUCGUGGAGAUGAGCCUCGACGGCGCCGACAAGGUCUACUUCAAGUCCAACGUCGGCAUCGGCCGCUCCUUCCCCGCCGCCGCCUUCGCCGACGAGGACGCCGCUGCUGACGACGCGCCGGCGCCGGCCGGCGCCACCGAGGCCAACGACAAGCAUUGA